AUGUCAUUUAGCAUAUUGGUUAGAAAGGCCUUUAACACCAUUUCACCUUUCACUUUUCAAUGUAGUCAGCAGCCAAAUUCAAUGUCUUACGCUACUCUCAACCAAGUAAUCCGUGGUAUGCGUAAGACGAAACGUAAGAUAUCAAAGUCACCAGCUUUAGAAGGAUGUUAUCAAAAAAAGGGAGUCUGUAGUAAAGUUUACACAACCAAACCAAAGAAGCCUAAUUCUGCAGUACGAAAAGUUGCUCGAGUUAAAUUAUCCACCGGUAAACUUAUCACCGCUUACAUACCCGGUGAAGGACAUAACUUGAGUGAACAUAGCAAUGUUCUGGUACGGGGUGGUCGAGUCAAAGAUUUACCAGGAGUUAGAUAUCACCUCAUAAGAGGCGCUUUAGAUUUUUCAGGAGUUCCGAAUCGGUCAACUUCUC